CCUACUCCUACCCCUACUCCUCUCACAUUAUCACAGAAAACCAAUGAUAAUACAGCAACAACAACAAAUUACUAAUUCUCUCUCUCUUUCUCUUGCUACUAUAUAGUAUAUAUAUAGAUACCUCAAUCUCUUCUCUAGCUUGUCCUUUCAAUUUCAACAAGACGAGAAAUGGAGGGAACAAGACAGAAUACCAAAGCAGAAAGCACGUGGCAGGUGAUGACUUCUGCACAAGAGAAAGAUACCGCUACUGUUGAUUGGAGAGGCAGAGCUUCUAAUCCCAACAAGCAUGGGGGCAUGAGAGCUGCUCUGUUUGUUCUAGGGCUUCAAGCAUUUGAGAUAAUGGCCAUUGCUGCAGUAGGAAACAACCUCAUAACGUAUGUCAUAAAUGAGAUGCACUACUCCUUGUCAAAGUCAGCAAAUAUAGUCACUAACUUUGUUGGGACUAUCUUCCUUUUGGCCCUUUUCGGUGGCUACCUUUCCGACUCUUUUCUUGGGAGUUUCUGGACCAUGCUUAUCUUUGGCUUUAUCGAGCUUUCGCACAGAAAUCCUAAAGAGGAUUCUUUCUGGCCUCUUAAACACCCUUCGGCCUUCGCUGGCCAGUGGCCUGUGGCGUGGGGGCUUUAUAAAUCCAGGACAAUUCCUCUCCUCUCCUACUCCUACCCCUACUCCUCUCACAUUAUCACAGAAAACCAAUGAUAAUACAGCAACAACAACAAA